AACUAAAGGGGCGGGAACUUUGCGUAAGUGUCCACCAUUCUCCAGGUUACGACGUUACGACAGCGUGAGGGAGAAGACGCUGUAUUUCAUCAAAAUCAAACGGCAUAGUAGCCCACAUUUCAUUUAAAUCGUGGACCCGGGAUAAAGCGGUAACAUGUGGGGCAGCUGGUGGAGCAGUGCAGCGGUGACCCACGGGCUCAUCGCUCUGUUCGCCAUGGGCUCGUGGAUUUCCGUCAACAGUCUGUGGGUCGAGCUCCCGGUGGUUGUCCGCGUGCUGCCCGAAGAAUGGAACCUGCCCGCCUAUCUCUCAGUACUAAUAGCGUUUGGGAACCUUGGACCUAUAGCAGUGACCGUUACACACCACUGCGCUCCAGGACGUUUAAAUGAACGCCUCGUCAUCCACUUCAUCCAGCUGCUGGCGGUGGUAGCGUCUGCUCUUCUGGCCGUUUUCUGGUCACACACCGUCACACUAGCCGGAGAGGAAAGGUCCCUGCUGUUCCUUCUCUUCACCUUCGUGCUAGCUUUGGUCUGCUGCACUUCCAACGUCACCUUCCUGCCUUUCAUGUUCCGCUACCCCUCGGAGUAUAUCCGCACCUUCUUCAUUGGUCAGGGCCUCAGCGCCUUGUUCCCCUGUAUUGUGGCUCUGGGACAAGGCGUCAGCAAGCUGGAGUGUAAAACCGUGAACGGCACGGUGACGCCGGAGUAUUUGCAGGAGAAUUUUCCGGCACAGAACUUCUUCUGGUUCCUGUGUGUCAUGCUGUCGAUCUCAUUUGUGAGUUUCUGGGUUUUAACACGGAGACAGACAGAGUCACAGAAAGACGCUCUGCCACAGGACGAUGACAAGACGACAGCAGCAGCCAAAAACGGAGAGGAAACACACCCGCUGCAUAACGGAGCGACGGCGCCGGUGUCUGAGGAGCAGGUGCAGGUCGACGUACAACCUCCCGCUCAGACAUUUUGGACACAGCGGAACAUCUACCUGCUGUUCCUGCUCGCCGUCUCCAACGCUCUCACCAACGGGGUCCUUCCCUCUGUGCAGAGUUUCACCUGUUUGCCCUACGGCACCAUGACCUUUCAUCUUUCCGUGGUCCUCGGAAACAUAGCAAACCCCCUGGCCUGCUUCCUGGCCAUGUUUGUUGUCCUGAGGUCCUCCGCUGUUCUUGGCUUCUUGUCUUUAGCAGGGGGAGCAUUUGCUGCAUAUCUCAUGGCGUUAGCAGCACUCAGCCCCUGUCCUCCUCUCCUGGGAAACCCCACUGGCGUUGCUUUAGUGGUCACCUCCUGGAUCAUUUUCACGGGCCUCUUCUCCUACCUGAAGGUUGUGAUUGGGACGUUGCUUCACGAGGCCGGUCACGCUGCUCUGCUGUGGUGCGGCAUCUCCAUCCAGGCAGGCUCGCUCAUUGGAGCUCUCACCAUGUUCCCCAUGAUCAACAUCUAUCACAUGUUCGCCCGCGCUCAGGAAUGUGUGGAUAACUGCAGCUAACCGGAGAACUGUUAUGAUUUCACAGACAGAGUCGCCUUUCAUUUUUCCUGAUAGCCCUAUUUUGGGGGUUUCUUUUCCCCUGAGUGAGGCACCUGAUCUGUCUCUCCGCCUCAUCUUCCCUCUCAUCCUCUCCUGGUUCACAGGCCUCGAGGGCAGCAAGAGCACAAACAUUCCUGCACAAUGGGAGCAUUGUGAUGCUGCAUGUUGGCCCAGGGGAUGUAAGAUGCAUAUGAUGCAGUAAUACCACAAGUGCUUUGUGUGGUGUUUUAUAAAGAGUCUCUGUGAUACAAGUUGUUUACUUUAGCCAAAACAAGACGCUGAUGGAUUCGUUUGCCACAACAAGAGACCACAUGGAAAACGAUUCCCUGAACUGAUGAACUUAUUCAUCCAAGUUUCUUCAAAUAUUUACACUAUGAGCUGUAAGCUGUGGUCCUGUUCAUACACAAGAGCCUGGGAGUGUUUGUUUUUUAGGUAUGUUUAGGUAUGUUUCACUACCUCUGAUCGAUGUAUCGUUAAUCGUGAUCAUAGCUACACUUCCAUCACCUCCAGAUUUUUCAGUGAAGCUGCGCUGACGUAACUGGAAACAUGCAGUUCAUUUUGAUUCAGCGUCAUUCCUUUAUUUUGUGCUAAAAUGAUUUCUUUGUGCCUGGAACUGUCGAGCUACUCGUGCAGCGAGUCUUUUGGGUGACGUCGUUUCUCGUAAUGUUUUAUACAAACAUUUUGUAUCAUUUGAGAUUUUUUUUCCAUAUUCCUUAUAAACACUAAUGUCAUGUGACCUCUCAGGAAUAAUGUCCGACUCCGCUGAGUCGUAAAGUGAACAGUUUUGCACGUUGUGUAAUCUCGCUCUUUUGAAGUAACUAAAUGUAUACCUCUGAGAUGCACUAAUACCUUGUAAGGUUGUUUUAUUAAUCAUGCUGCUGAAGUACAUCACAUUUAAUAACAUUAUUAAACUCCUCAGAGGUUUACAGAGUCUCCGUUAACGCCGCCGUAACUUUAUGGUUUUAAGCUUCUUUUUUUAAUUGAUCUAUUCUCCGUUAAAUUCUCAUGCUGAUUUUGGACUCAUUUAUUUUUGAACACUGAAGUGAUCGACUGUGACUGUCUUUUUGUUUUUGUAAUGACCAGUGUUUUUGUUUUUGAUUGAUUCUCAUACAUCAUGUGACUUCAAAUGAAUCAUGUACAUUUUACUCACAAAAUGACUGAUGAACAUUAAACAUUUUUUUUAAA